AUGAACACGAGUCGGGAUGCAUUUGAAGAUGCAUUUAUAAAGAAUUUAAUAUCAGUUGGAUUAGGUGUCAUAAUAACCUACAUCAAUGGCAUUUUCGUGUUUGUUUUUUUUAGAACUCCAAUUUUCUACACUGACCCAAGAUAUAUUCUAUACAUUCACCUUGUAAUCAAUGACAUCAUUAUGCUAGUCAUAUCAGUUUCUCUGCAUGUCAUGACUUACACUGUACCACUUGUCAAUGUCACAGUCUGCAGUAUUCUCCUUCUUUUGGUUUCAACAACCUCAGACAACACUGCACUGAAUCUGGCUGCAAUGGCCUUGGAACGAUACACUGCCAUCUGCAAACCGCUGCAUCACCCUCAGAUCUGCACAGUGAAAAGGACCUACAUCUGCAUUGGUUUGAUAUGGCUUCUUUCCUUUGUGCCUGCGCUAACAGACAUCAUCAUUACUUUACUGAAACAACCUAUCAGUUUUUUCUUGACAUCAAGUAUGUGCUACAGCAAGAACCUUUUUGGCUCCAAUGAGCACCUCAUCAAAACAAUCUUUAUACAGGCACUGUAUUUGUCAACUGUGUGCAUGACGCUGGUUUUUACUUACUUCAAGGUUUUUCAGGCAGCUAAUACUGCAACUACCGAUCAGGUUAUGGCCAGAAAAGCCCAAAACACUAUUCUUCUUCAUGGCAUACAGCUCCUUCUCUGCAUGCUUGCUUAUGUCACACCAUUUAUAACAUUUUUUUUCUUAGAAUUGUUCCCUAAAUAUAGAAGUACAAUUAUGUUCACCUCAUAUCUAUUGUCUAAUAUAUUUCCAAGACUACUCAGUCCUCUUAUUUAUGGAGUCCGAGAUCAAAAAAUGUUUAAAUAUGUUAGCACAUAUUUGACAUUUAGUCAGUUUAACACACAGGUUGGACCAGCAAGCAAGGAACCAAAGUCUUAGCAUAAGUUUACUUCAACCCAAAUAAGAUAAUAUGAUAUGAUACAUUUUACUACUGAAGUAAAGCCUACAGUUUGCCCAGUUUACCCCUUAAGGGUUGGUGUUAAAUGAUAGAAUCUUGGAAGUCUAGCUACUACCAAUUAUAUAUUCAAUUUCUUUUCAUAUAUGGCACUAGAACAAGUCUAGUUUGGGGAAGAAAAAAGAAUUUAUACAACAGGUUUCUGAGCAGGUAUACAGCCAGCUUAAUUGUAAAAAAAAAAUGGGUAAAGAAGGGUAAUCGUACACUGAGCAAUACAAGCAUGAGGAAAGAUCUAAGCAAUGUAUAUGUACAUGCACAUAUGCUGUAUGCACGUCACUCAAAAAAGGCAUAACACACUAGACACCUGAAGUAGAUUAUUUGCGGAUAACCAUGCAGCCUGAAGUGUGUUAUUCUGUUUAUACCACAGCAAUUUGCCAAUGAUUACAAUGUUUAAUUUAUGAAUGACACAUUCCUUGAUGAAUCUCACACAUUUUAAUAGUUUAAAGUAAGACUUAAUGUAGUAGAAUGUCUGUGAGACAAGUUAGUUCCUGUUAUCAUUUACAUCAUACGAUGUAGCAUCUCCUCUCUCUCAAAAAACACAGCUUGUCAUUUUACAGAGGAACUCAACAGCAUAAACUCCUCUGUCCUGAAGACUCUCCCAUGCUAGGAAACUUUAUCCUUCUGAAUGAGCUGUUACUAUAAUUCCAUAUCAGAACAGGCACACUGAUAUAAAAUUAUCAUUCAUGUUACAGCCGGAACUACUGUCUAAACCAUGUGAUUAUACAAAAAAAUUUUGUACACAUUCUAACCAGUCAGAUUCAAGAAU